AGACUAGUGGGGGUUUCAAUUGGAAUUACACCUGCAGAGCCCAAUGACAUGACUCGCGCUUUUCGACUUGGUUUAAACACGCUUUUCUCAUCCAAUUCCCUGUUUCCGGCUAAACCUCAUUCCCAUGGCCGCCGCCGCCACGUUCCGUGAUCGGACGUCAGAAUUCGUGUCUUUGUCGAAUACAUUAAGGAGGGUCGCAGGAAAUGCACUACCUCCGCCCCAAUCGCAGUCCAACGAUCCGAUUUCGGUAUCUCCGGAUCGAUCCGAAUUCAACAAGAAGGCUUCCCGAAUAGGCCUUCACAUCCACCAGACAUCGCAGAAAAUCGACCGUCUAUCCAACCUAACCAAAAGGUCAUCUAUUUUUGAUGAUCGGAGCAAGGAAAAUGAAGAACUAACUGCCUUGAUUAAAAAUGAUAUCACGGGGCUUAAUGUGGCUAUUUCUGAUUUGCAAACCCUCCAAAACAUGGAAAUUGCUGAUGGAAAUUAUUCAGGGGAUAGAGUGGUUCACUUGACUACUGUUUGUGAUGAUCUGAAGAACAGAUUAAUGAAUGUGACUAAGCAUUUCCAGGAUGUCUUGACUACUCGAACAAAGAACAUCAAGGCUCAUGAGAAUCGGAAACAGUUAUUUUCCACAGUUGUCUCAAGAGAGAACCCUUUAAAGGAGCCUCCUAAUAGUGUGACAGAACCACCCCCUUGGUCGAGCUUGGCUGAAAGAAAUCUACAGUCAUCAGUGUCACUAGGAAACGGAAUUCAAAUUGGCAACCAACUAAGACGAAGAAUGGGAACGGAUGGCACUCCAUCCCCUCACAUGGAAGCAUCCAUGUUGCAGCAGGUGGUUCCACAGCAAGAAAGCAUCUCUCGGGGUCGGACGGUUGCUCUUCAAAGUGUGGAAUCGACAAUUUCAGAACUCAGUGGGAUUUUCACACAUUUGGCCACCAUGGUUGCACACCAAGGAGAGCUGGCUAUCAGGAUUGAUGACAACAUGGAUGAGUCACUGGCAAACGUUGAAGGUGCUAGCAACGCAUUGCUGAAAUACUUGAAUCGAAUAUCAUCGAACAGGCAUGGGAUUUAUUUCUCAAGGUGUAUACCAACAUCCUUAAUUACAGUUCCCCAAUAGUACUAUCAAUGUGUAUCAAGUGCAGAAGUUUUGGACAUUGUUACGUGUAAGUGAUGCAUGAGUUGAGGCAUGUGAUUAAUGAAUGGUGUUAUGUAACUUUAAAUUUUUAAAUGAAGGUUUUACUUUGUUCAA